UUGAAUAAGUAUUACAUAGUGCUCCAAUCACUAACGCAAAUGAGAAACCGAAUAAUUAACCUAUUAUCCACUUCUCUUUCCAAACACAUUUCACUUGUAAUGUGCCGUCUUCAAUUAUCAAAUUCACUAGUUUCAUAAUUAAACAAACCAGAACUUUCAAUACAUCGAAAAUAAGAUUAUUAAACUGUAAUUGAGGGAUCGAACUGAAAAAAUAUCAACUAACGAACACUCUAUUAAAAAAAAAAAAGGCCAAAUUUCAAUGAUCAAUUCGCUAGUGCUCCAAAUCCGGCCGGCCGGGGUUGAUGGCCCCCUCCCAAGUUCCGUCGUCCAUGACCAGAUUAUUAUCCCUGCUUGUUUCACAUCAGGGGAGAAGAUGAUGGAUGAUUCAGCUGGAGUUACAAAGUCAGGGCAGAGUGUUUUCAUGUCUGUUUACAGGACUAAAAUUGCAGAUCAAUGCAGGUUGAUUACAAUUACUUGGUGCAAGAAUAUGCUGCUUCAUGGCCUUUCGGUAUCGGUAGAAGGGCCGGAAGGAGAAAGUCAGUACACAUGUAAAGUUGAGCUAAAGCCAUGGUACUUUUGGAGGAAACAAGGGUCAAAGAGAUUUGUGGUUGAAGGUAAACCAGUUGACAUUUUUUGGGAUCUAAAAGCUGCAAAGUUCAACGGUGAGACAGAACCAAGCUCUGAGUACUAUGUUGCAGUAGUUUAUGAUGAAGAAGUUGUGUUGCUCACUGGUGAUUUGAAGAAAGAUGCCUACAGAAAGACAGGUUGCAGACCAGCACUAAUUGAUCCAAUUUUGGUAUCAAGAAAGGAACACAUUUUUGGUAAGAAGAAGUUUUGUACUAAAGUUAAGUUCCAUGAGAAGGGAAGAUUGCAUGAGAUUUCAAUUGAGUGCAAAAGCAAGUGCAAUAUCAGUGGGAAUCUCAGCAGCAAUGGAGGAGAUUUACCGAAUGGGAUAGAUCCAGAGAUGGAGAUAAGGAUAGAUGGUCAGUUGGUUAUCAAUGUUAAACAUCUGCAAUGGAAAUUCAGGGGCAAUGAAUCAAUCCAUAUGAACAAAGUAAAAGUGGAAGUAUAUUGGGAUGUUCAUGAUUGGCUAUUUAAUCCUGUUGGUAAAAUUGAGAUGAGGCUCAAAUUCAGAGGGCCAUUUGGGAUUUGGAAUGAGGUGAUGAGGAUGAUGAAGAUUGGAUUGAGAAAGAAUAGGCAAAGCACAUGGGAUUGGAAGAUUGGGGUUGGAGGUUAG